GUGACAUGAAUUUAGCCUUCCGACCAAUGAUAGGGCUAGAAGAUUUUUAGCACGAAUUUUGUAUUUGAACGUGUAUUCAGUUCGUUUGCUCUGUGGUUUUAUCGGGUGGCAGAAUGAUGGAUGCCUUGGCAGUGGUGACCCAACUGCGGGAUCUAGCUUCCGAGCCUCAGAACCGUGAAGCUAUAGUUCAGGAUCAGGGUUGUCUUCCUGGUCUCGUCCUUUUUUUAGACCACAAAGACUCUAAUGUCCUCCUCGCCACUCUUCAAACCCUGCGGUAUCUGGCAGAAUUGACACAAAAUAUAAGCACCAUGAAGAAUGAACUGGGCAUGAUGGUGAGCCUGGAAAACCUGAUGGAGAAAGAGGGUUUGACGGAUGACAUAACUGUCCUGGCCAAAGAUGUGUACGACGUUCUGACCGGGCCAGUCAACACACAAACAUUCAGAACUCCAGCACAACAGCAAAGGAGAAACAAAUCCCAGUUCUUCAUCAACACCUCCAAUAAGAAGGCAAAAACAGUCACCUUACAAAUCGAGGGCCUAGAUGGGUCGGACCAGCGUGGGAUGUGUGAGGAGGCUUUACUGAAGGUCAAAGGGGUCAUCAGUUUCACAUUCCAGAUGGCCAUGAAGAGGUGCACCAUACGCAUUCGCUCCGACUUGCCCACUGAGAAUCUGGCCACUGCUAUUGCAUCAACUAAAAUCCUGCAGGCCCAGCAGGUAGUGAAGAAUGAUACUGGGGAGGAGGUCCUGAUCCCCCUCAGCAUGUCCAGCACCGCCAUCCAGGAGAACUCCCAGGUGCCCGACUACCUCCCCGAGGACGAGAGCCCGGAGAAGGAGCUGGACCGCGCUGUCUCUCGGACCGGCGCCAAGGAGGACGGCAGCGGGAGCUGGCUCAACACGGCGGCCAGCUUCCUCACCCGCUCCUUCUACUGGUAAAGGUCACAGGGGACUGUUCACGCCAACCACUGCCUCUCAGGGGAAUGCUAACAACCGGAUGAACACGAACGCUUCUGUUUCCACAUCAACCUGCACACUGCUCCUACGCUCGGUGUGAGAAGGUGAUGGGGAGAUUGCAUCCCAGUCAGUGCUGCUUUCAACACUUCCAGAUUUGCGUCCUCCUUCUGGGUCGACGCCUCCCUGCUACAUGCUCUGCCGAGACCCUGGGUCAUUAUGGAGAUGGGGUUAGCCAGUGGGCUAAGCCAGUGCCUCAUUCAACACUGGUGUAACUCUUGCUUUCUCCUACAGGGUUGAUGCCCACUGUGUCUUUGGCAGAGGGCUCCAGAUCAUUACCAGAGCUGAAUAGUUAUUCAUCCUCAAAUUGGCCAUGCACCCUCAUGAACUAUUGCUAGCUAGAUGAUUAAUACAUGUGUGGUAGAUAGACCGAUCCAUAGAGGAUUUGUUGAUGCUGAUUCAUCCACUGAGUAACAUGGAAAUGUGGUUGCUUCUCACGGGGUACUUCUGCAAAGCUCUUUGUUUGUUUUCCAUGUUCAUAUUUGUUCAGUAUGUCUGUCUGUCUACUAUUUUCUGUCCUGUUUCCCUGUUGUAACUGUUUUUUUUUUUUUCCCCAGUUGACGUGUGUGUGUG